AUGGGGGCAUCAUCUUCGUCUCAUGCUCCGCUCAAUGCUCUUUAUACCGAGAGAAAGGCGGCUGUUGAGCAGUGGCUCGCUCAGCUGGCUCAGGCAAAGGCUCUGGCUGGCCAGCUCCUCGCCCGUGCUCGGGUCCCGCUUGAUGCCCUCGCAGCCUCGCAGUCGGCUCUCAAGGCCAGGUUUGCUGAUGAGAAGCGCAGGCUUGCUGCCGCUGCCGAUGCACACUAUGCUGCUCUCGAGCGCAAGGUCGCAGACAAGGCCGCUGCUGCCGCUGCUCCGUUUGAGGACGCCGCCGCCGCCCUCGAGGCACGCACCAACGACGUCGCUGCUACCAUUGCCAUGCUCACCUCGCGGCUGGACGCCUACUCGCCAUCGCGGCUCAUCGAAGAGUUCAAGCUCCUCGAAGCAUCGGCCAUGCACGCUCUGGCUGCUGCCGCACGCGAAGUCUCCAUCCCGGACGUCGAGCUUGCCGACCUCGAGCUCCUCUCCUCCUUCUCCUACGAUCCGCUCUUUCUUGCCACAGACACUGAGUUGGCCGCAAUUGCCUCUGCCGGCGCGUCUGAUGCUGCCCGUGCUGCCCGUGCCUCGCGGCGCUCCGCCCUUGCCACGGCACUCAACCCUUGCGCCCGCCACGACAUCGCGCCCGACGACGCUGCUCCGUCGCCGCCGCCCUCCCCUACACCUGCUGCUUCCGCUUCCGCUCCACCGUCGCCGACCUCACCUUCAGCCACCCAGCCGCUUCUCUCGGCCUUUUCGCCCGACAAGGUUGCCGACGAGCGCGACGCCAUCAUCAACCAGCUUCUGACCUCGUUCCAGGCCCUUGUCGACCGUGGCAACGAUGUGAGCGCUCUCCUCGGCAUCCCACCGCCGGCUUCAUCUGGCCCGGCUCAUGCUCCGCGACUGCCGCGGGCUGAGCCGCUGGUCUCACCGCUCUCGGCCAGCGCCCGCGACACCGACUGGGAGUGGGACCUCCUCGGCGACGACGAGCUCGAGUCGCACCCGCUUCCGCCAUCGCAUCCCACGGCCAACGCUGCCGAUGCCACCGCCGACCUCUCACUCGCUUCAGCCUCAACCGCGCUCAACUCCUCGGCCGCCCGGCUCAUCCACCCGCCGCCCGGCUCCGACUCGCGGCUCUUUGCCUCAUUCUUGCUCCCAGAUCCUGAUGACGACGAGCUCCAAUCUGCCGCCCGCAACGUCCGCUCUGUUCCGGCGUCCGCACCGGUCCCGCCCAAUCAUUUCCGCUCCUCGCAUCGCGCCUCCACCCGCCCGCCGCGUCCGCAACGACCUGCAGCCCCUGCUCGAAGCCCUGUCCGAGCCCCCGAGCCCGAGCCCGAGGUCGAGCCCAAGCCCGAGCCCUCCGACUGGCCAUCCAUGAUGUUUGGCGCCCAGUCCUCGCUCUUUGCCGCCUCUGCCUCCUCCCUCGCCUCCUCGGGCCUGUGGUAGGCACGGGCAAACAGACCUGUUGCAAGCC